AUGAGUGUUGACACCCCAGCCACACUCCUGAAGCUGGCAAGGCAGGCUCUGCUGAGAGAUGAGGCCUUGGCCAUUUGGGGUCUGGAGCAACUGCCUAGGGAGCUCCUCCCAGCUCUGUUCAAGGAGGCCUUCACUGGCAGACACACACUGCUUGUGAAGGCCACAGUGGCAAGCUGGCCUUUCCCCUGUCUCCCUGUGGGGGCGUUGAUGAAGACUCCUGACUUGGAAACCUUCCAGGCUGUGCUAGCAGGAGUAGACAUGCGGCUGAAAAAGAAGCCUCAGCCCAGGACGGGAAAACUUCAGGUUGUGGAUCUGAGCAACGAACAGCAUCCGUUCUGGAGCCUCUGGGCUGGAGCAGAGCAUGGUGGCUGCUCGGCUGAGGGCCUGGAUGAGAUGCGAGCGGAGAAGGUCCUUCCCAGAUAUGCCCUGAGGCAGAGACUGAAGGUGGUAGUUGAGCUUUGCCUCAGGCCACGGCCCAAUCCACAGCAGGCAUGCUUCUUGCAGUGGGCCCAGCAGAGACAGGGCUCCCUCCACUUGUGCUGCAGGAAGAUGCAGAUCUGGGCUCAGCCUCUGCAUGGAGUCAGGCAGAUCUUGACCGUGUUUCCUCCGGAGCACCUGGAGGAACUGGAGCUGAACACAGAGUGGAAUGUGUCCACGCUGGCCCAAUUUGCUCCCUGCCUGGGCCAGAUGAGAAACCUUCGCAAACUCUCCCUGGCGCCCAUCUCCAAGAACGUCUUCAGGCUUGGCCCCAGGACAAGAGACGGAGAAGAGAAGUGUGUCCGCAAGUUCCUUUCUCAGUUCUCCAGAUUCAACUGUCUCCGGCAUCUCUCCCUGAGGAGAGUCGACUUUCUCAGAGACCACAUGAGACAGGCCCUUGGGUGCCUGGUGACCCCCUUGGAGACCCUGUCCAUCACUUACCACCUCGUGUCCCAGGCAGACUUGAAGUACCUCUCUGUGUGUCCAAAUCUCUUCCAGCUAAAGCACCUGGACAUGAGAGGCAUGGUGCUCACGUCUUUGGAUGUCACGCCUCUGCGAGUUCUCCUAAACCAGGUGGCAGAGACUUUGCACUCCCUGGACUUGAGGGGUUGUAAGAUGAGGGACUCUCACCUCACCGUGCUCACACCUGCCCUCGGCAAGUGCUCCCAGCUCACCAAGGUCCAUUUCGUUGACAAUGAAUUCUCCAUGCCCAUCCUGAAGGAACUUUGGCAGCACACAGACAACUGGAGCAAGAUGGAGGUGGAACAGUACCCUGCCCCUCUGGAGUGCUAUGGUGCCUCGGGUUAUGUCUCCGUAAGGAGAUUUGCACAGCUUUGUCCUGAGCUGCUAGCUACACUCAGGGCCUUCAGGCAGCCCAAGAGCAUCGUCUUUGCUACAGCCAUCUGCCCUCAAUGUGGAGUGCGCUCUUUCUAUGACUUGGCACCCAGACUCUGUUAUUGCCGGCGCUGA